GGCAAAGCAGCGCGGGCAGCGAUGGCCGGCGGGGAGCAGCGCGCGCCCGGCGGCCCCGAGCGGGUGGCGCUCAAGAAGGAGAUCGGGCUGGUGAGCGCCUGUGCCAUCAUCAUCGGUAAUAUCAUUGGCUCUGGGAUCUUUAUUUCCCCGAAGGGAGUGCUGGAGCACGCCGGCUCGGUGGGACUGGCUCUCAUUGUCUGGGUGCUCGGAGGUGGUGUGGCUGCCCUGGGCUCCCUUUGUUAUGCUGAGUUGGGAGUCACCAUCCCCAGGUCGGGAGGGGACUAUUCCUAUGUCACUGAGAUUUUUGGUGGGUUAGCUGGGUUUCUGCUGCUGUGGAGUGCAGUGCUUAUCAUGUACCCAACUAGUCUGGCUGUCAUUGCACUGACCUUCUCAAACUAUGUCCUGCAGCCCGUCUUCCCUAACUGUAUUCCCCCCUACAACGCCUCUAGGAUCCUCUCCAUGCUGUGUUUACUCCUCCUGACCUGGGUGAACAGCUCCAGUGUGCGAUGGGCAACGCGCAUUCAGGAUAUAUUCACAGCAGGAAAACUCUUAGCCCUGACCCUUAUCAUUAUUGUGGGCUUCAUGCAGAUCUUUAAAGGAAACUACAAAGAGUUGACACCAAGCAACGCAUUCAGAUUUUGGAUGACUCCAUCUGUGGGGCAUUUAGCAUUAGCUUUUCUUCAAGGGUCCUUUGCAUUCAGUGGCUGGAACUUCUUGAAUUACGUAACAGAAGAGCUGGUUGAUCCCCGCAGGAACCUACCUCGUGCCAUAUUCAUAUCCAUCCCAUUGGUGACAUUUGUGUACACGUUCACCAACAUUGCAUAUUUCACUGCCAUGUCACCCCAAGAGCUCUUGUCCUCCAACGCUGUGGCGGUAACAUUUGGUGAAAAGUUACUGGGCUAUUUUUCCUGGGUUAUGCCAGUCUCAGUGGCCCUAUCUACAUUUGGAGGAAUAAAUGGAUACCUUUUUACCUCAUCAAGGUUGUGUUUCUCUGGUGCUCGAGAAGGCCACUUGCCAAGUUUGCUGGCCAUGAUCCACGUCAAGAACUGCACACCCAUUCCUGCCCUUCUCCUCUGUUGCUUGGCCACACUUAUCAUCAUGCUUGUUGGAGACACAUACACGCUAAUUAACUACGUGUCAUUCAUUAACUACCUCUGCUACGGAGUGACAAUUAUGGGCCUGAUUGUUUUGCGCUGGAAGAAACCCAAAAUCUUCAGACCAAUCAAGGUGAACCUCCUCAUCCCCAUCACUUACCUGGCAUUCUGGGCAUUUCUGCUGGCCUUCAGCUUGUACUCUGAGCCGGUCGUCUGUGGGGUUGGACUAAUUAUCAUUUUAACUGGAGUGCCAGUGUUUUUCCUUGGAGUCUACUGGAGAAAUAAACCAAAGUGUAUAAAUAGGCUAAUAGAGUCCAUGACGUGCUGGGGGCAGAAGCUGUGUUUUGUGGUGUACCCUCAGUGUGGAAGUGUUGAGGAGGAAGCAUCCUCAGCCCACUCCUGGAGGCUGGGGAGUGAGACAGCAGUGAGGAAAUGACAACAGCAUGGCCUCUGGGGCUGAAGCAGCUUCUUGUUUACAUGCUGAUUUUUGAAAAAAAAGUUUUUCUGGAAAAAAAAAAUUGUUUUAGAGCACCAAUAGUGAAGCCCAUAAAAUGAGCUGCAUCCUUUAUGGCCUCUGCAGAUUUUAGCUAUUCCCUAAGAAAAAAAAAAAUGAAGAAGGAAAAAAAAAAGAAAGAAAAGAAAUAAAAUGUAAAAUAAGGCACUAGUUGGGGUUUUUUCUGGCAGUGAUCUUGCUCAGCAGGGGAAAGCAGCACAGACACAUCUCUGAUUUUAGUCCCCAUGAAGGUCCACCAGAGACAUACAAACUUAGGCAUUUCAAAACCAGGGCAGUUUCCAAGACAAAAUCGAAGUACAGAAAUUAAGAGAAAGCAAGGAGACCCCUUGCUGUCCAUGGGUGGGGUGAAAGGCCACAGAACAUGAGGACUGACAUUACAAUCCCGAGGAUCAGCUGGAGGAACUCAGGUCUCCAGCCCAGCCAGGGCACUGAGCAUGGACCACAGAGUCAAAGCUGCAAUACCAACAACCACCUGGAGCAUCCCAGCACCAUUUUGUGAAACAAAGACACAGAAGCAGUGAUUCAAUAUCAAGUUUUGAAGUGCUGCUGUCAAGGUGGAGGGGGUGUCCUGCACCUCUGAUGGGACAGGGCUCUCUGCAGAGUUCCUGCAGCAAGCUCAGCUCAUCCAGGAGCCAGCUGGGCAGGAUGAAUGCCUGGAGAAGGUUUGAAACGGGCUCAGCACUGGAACUCCAAGGGAAGGAUCCUGAUGUUCCUCCUGUCUCCUGUCAGGUGGUGUCACAUUGCUUCAGAGAUCAAUUCCCCAUCUCAGCCAUGCUCAACCAAGUAACAAUCCCCAACCACUCACACAUCAGAUGCUCCUUAGAAAGUGCUCUGCAUAUUUUAUAUAGGAAAAAAUCUCAUUCAUGCACUUAAUUAAUAUAUAGAGAUCUGCUGCUGCAGCAAUAUGGCCACUUUCACACCAGAAAAUCUUCUGAAAAUGCAGAAUGUGAGAACAGCUCUGAGCUACUAUUCUUUCACAGCAUUUGAAAACUAAACCUAUCACAUUCAGUAGCCUUGGUAACAGCCAUCUGAUUGUAAUUUUAAAAGUAUCUUUCCAUGGGCCUGGCAAAAAAUAUGGAUUUAUUAUCUCUUAAUUAUUCAGAAAUAUUUUGUAGUUAUAAUAAUAUAUAUCUCUCUAUCUCUAUGUCUAUCUCUAUUAUAUUUAAAUUCUAUUCAUCUGUCUCCAAACUUUCAGAUGGUAGACUAAAAAGAAACACAGCUUACAUUCUUUUCUUUGUAUAAAGUUGUUAUCUAUAAGAGAUUAAAACAGAUAUUUAGCUAGAAAAAUAGGUGUGGUUUUGUGUGUAUACAUGCACACACGUAAAGGAAGAUUCCACAUUUUAAAUAAUAGUAUGAAUACAUAGUUUGCUAAUGGAAAUCAUAAAUAUUCAGCUUGAUUUUUAAAAAAAGUUCAGAGCAGACCUCCCUGUAGCUAAGCAGCACCUGAAACUGUAACUAAUGUCAGAGUUCUCAUGACUAAGUCUCCUUUCCCAUUGCUCAAAAUCCAUUUUCUGACAUGUAAUUACCAACUGAUUAAUUCUUCCAAUACCUUUACUAACUAGUGGGAAAACUAAAUGUAUUACAGCACCAGAAAUAUUGAUUGCUUUCAGAUUGCUAAAUUUUGGCGUGGGUUUAUUUUUGUUUGUUUAAGCAAUUCAGGAAUGGAAAUCAGCCAGCACAGAAACUUUGGAGCUCUUGAGACAAGUCUGUAUGGUAAUGAGAAAGGUAAUAAUAACAGUAAUAGUAGUAAUGCUGCAACAGCUACCAAGGCUUUUCUUGGCUGUUAUAUAAGGAAAUCAAAAUCAAAAUUAAAAACAAAACCUAGUUUGGCUCAA